UUGCGCUUGUGAUUAUUGACCGUUCUUUAACCUUUACCUUUUGCAUCAUGUCUUUGUUUUAGUUUGUUAAAGAUUAUCCAUCGUUUUUAAAAGGCUUGACAUUCUGUAGCUCCCAUAUAUAUUUUAAAAGGGUGGAAUAAUAUGUUCAAUUCUUUGUUGAGCGUCUCCAUGGCAAUGUGUGUUUAUAUGUUAAAUCCCGGAUGGUUGCCUAGCGACGACACGUAACCGCUUGUUAAUUUUUCCAGCAUAGUUCAGGUUCCUUUUUGAAUAAAUGACGUAACACAAUGGAUACUAAACUAGAAGAUGACCUGCUGGAACUCCGAGCCUCUGAGCUCGUUAAGAGUGUGUUAGACAGCCUCCAGGGCACGGUGAUCGGCACGCCACAGCCGGACAGCGAGCAGCCCGAGUAUACGAUCAGGAACAUCGACUGGGUCGCUGGUAAAGACUUUACAGUCAGUGUAGGAAAAACCCAGAUCGCGGAGUACAUGAACACCUGGGAGGUCGACCCGAGAUGGUUGUUCAGCGUCAAGUUCCUGCAGGAAAGUGAGCUGGAAUUUGAGAGACAGUUCCUGUACAGGGCGCUGUGGAGCAUACCGACCAACCGCUGCCCCAUUCCUAAAAACACAGCCUCGGUUUACUUCAAUGUCAUCAUCUCCAAAAUCAAACCACUCACGACGCCUGUGCUUGUCAGGUAUCAGGUAGAAUUCAGCAAGACUGUGCAUACCCCGGGGGAAACGAGAUUCCGCGAGAAAUGGCUGAAGGACGUGAUUGAAAGCAAGGCACUGCUUAUGGACACCAUCACUUUUUAAAACUGAACUAUCAUGCGAUUUGCAUGGACAUAAACCAACAUAUUAACUU